AUGGCUUCACAGUCGCAAGCAGGCAAUCGCAAGCGCACGUCGCGCCGGUCGCACACCAAUCUCUCCAACCUAAGACUGGCCCCUCUUUCACGAGACAUCAGUCCUGUAGACGGUCGGAUCUCAUCGUCUGCAUGGCCACACACAUCCUACAUUGAAGGCAAAUCGGCACCUACGACACCGAGCAUCCUCGGCCGCAGCGCAAGUCGACGACAGCUGGGCGGUGCCGGUCUGAGUCGCAAACUGUCCAUCCAUGAUGCUGAAUAUGAUCCUGUCCGGACCACGUCUCUCGGUGUUCCUCUAAACGCUUUGCGUCCUGAUGCAGGAGACCAUCUCAUGCCCAAAGCGAAGAGCGAGGCUGCCUUGAACCAGCGGCCCACUUGUGCCGGUCUGCCCAAGUUACGCACCCCUCUGCUCCAUCCCAACUCUGCCUCUCUCGCCGUCAAGUCACAUGACAGACAACAUGACAACGAUUGGUUCACUCGAGCGGGCUUGGCUACAACAUCUAUGCUACGCGAGUCUAAGGGACAAUCAUGGUUGACCUCGCGCCAUUCGUCGACAUCCUUGCAACUCAUGCAUGCCUCGGACGACGAAGAAGAUGCCCUGGCUAGUAGAAGCGCUGCCUCUCUACAACGUCUCCACUUUGCCGAUGAUGAGUUCAGUCCGGAAACACCACGUGCCACCAGCAGAUGGGGUAGUAGAUUUGGCAGUCGUGCUGCCAGUGCUCGCAACAGUCGUCGUGGCAGUAGAGUUGAUCUGGAUUCGCCGCAACUACAUCGCGAUCCAUCAGACUAUUUUGGCAGUGUUGCUGCGGAGCCCGAGAUGUUUGUUAGACCUGACUUUGUCGAUCCGCGCGACCAUUUUGAUGACGAAGAUCCCGAGCAAGAGGUUGCUAGGCUGGCUAGAGAGGCUUCAUUCGGGUUCGGUCCGCUCAUCGACCGUCUAGUUGGUUGGACAUUGUUCGAUGUUACGGAAGAUAGAGAAGCCACUGAUGUUGAGGCAGAGGCCGAAGAUGAAACUCCGACUAUACAUGAGAGAGUGAAGCAUACACCUGUGCGACCACCAUCCCCUCCUAGACCAAAGCAAGUGGUCGCUAGCGCAGACCGGCAGGGUGAUCCUGAAGAAGGUGGUUGGAAAGACGCGGCUUGGCUGCUUGGUGUUGCCUCGAAGGUCUUGCUCUGA